AUGCAGACCCAGGCGCCGCCCACCCUCGUCUUCGUGCCCGGCUCUUGGCACCGGCCGAGCUGCUACAGCCGGAUCAUCGAGCCCCUGACCCGCGACCACAAUCUGCGGUGCGUCAGCGUCACGCUGCCCUCUACCAACGGCGACCCGGCCGCCACCUUCAAGGACGACCUCGACGCCGCCGUGCGCGCGGUCCGCGACGAGACCGAGCGCGGCCGCGAUGUCGUCCUCGUCGCCCACUCCUACGGCGGCAUGGUGGCCAACAGUGCCAUCAAGGGCUUCGCCGCCCAGCCAGCAGCGGCGCUGCGGCCGUCGCCGCCGAGCCCCGAGAGCACGGCCCGGGGCCACGUCGUCGGGCUCGUCCUCAUCGCCUCGGGCCACACCCUCACCGGCCUCGCCUUCAUGGACCCCUUCCUCGGCCGCCCGCCGCCGGCGUGGCGCGCCAACCGGGCCACGGGCUUCGCCGAGCUGGUCGCCGACCCGCGCGACUUCUUCUACCACGACCUGCCCGACGCGGACGCCGCGCGGUGCGUCGCGCAGCUCGCGCCGCAGAGCCUGCGCGCGCUGUACGAGGGCGCCGAGCACGCGUACGCCGGCUGGCUCGACGUGCCGAGCAUGUACGUCGGCACCCUCGAGGACAGGGGCCUGCCCGUCGCGGCGCAGCGCAUGUCGGUCGGCAUGGCGCGGGGCAUGGGCGCCCGCGUCGUGCACAGGGAGCUGCGGACCAGCCACUCCCCCUUCCUGAGCCAGCCGGACGCCGUCGUCGCGCUGAUCGUGGAGGCGCUCGACUAUUUCCGGGCUCAAGACCCCGGCAUGCCGCUGGCUAGGGUCGACAAGGCCACCGUUCCGGAGAACAAGUCUACCAUCGCAGACUCAUCACUGGAGUCCGACGACGUACCCAGUGAUGACACACCUCUUCCGAUCACAUCCGAAAUUGUCCGGAAGACGUACCUCAGUUGCCGAAGUCUCAAACAGCCUCUAGAAGUACUCGAAGAUAGCAUCACCAUCGACCUGCCCCGACUCCAGGGUCGGCAGGACAUCCAAGACCGGCCCAGCAAGGCUCAGGUGCACCUCUUCUUGAAGGGUGCUCCCGCCACUCUCAAGAUCUGCACUCAUCAAGGGGCUACUGCCGCAGGGCCACAGCUAGGAAGGAUGCUCGCGUCGCCCGACAAGUUCGCCACAAGCGCAGAGGCGGACUUCUGCAUGGUCCAUGAGCUGAGCAAUGAUCUCCCUCGCCCGUUUGGCGGCCGAGUAGAUUACCAGGUGCUGGUCCAGGCACCCGAGCCAUGUACGGAGCGAGGUCAACGCGUCGAACUGAUUCCCAUGAUGCGCUAG